AUGGCAAACAUAGUUUCUCAUCGGGGUUGGAAUGGUGAUGGCAGGAAAACUAGCACUUUGUCAGACCAAGAGGAACAGAUCUCCGAAUUCUCUAGCUCAGAUCCAUGGCUUUUGCAAGUGAACGAGUGCAACAAGUGGAAGAGCAGAGAAAGAGUCGACAUGACGAGGAGCAAGGGGACCUCUGCCUAA